AUUUUUUUCCGAUACUCUGGGGUUGGAGGUGAUACUGGUCUGGUGAUAUGUGGAUUGAUUUUCUUGGGAGUUUCCACAAAAAAAUGGUUGAAUGCUGACGUUGUUCUGUGCCCUGACGUCCAUUUACUAUUAAAGGCUCCCUCGAAUCCCAUUGUACUCAGCCCGUCUUCCACAAUUUGUAUCCACCGCUGCAGCCCACACAAUGUUUCCGUUUGCUAGACGUUCCACACAACCAUCGCAUUUGCAGUCAAGCGACUCGCCGUCUACUUCGAAAAAGGCUUCUCUGGUGUCACCUCAAUCGAACGAUAUAGUAGAAACCGGACUAGGGCGUGAAAGUCCAGGUAACGCAAGGGACGAGCGACCUGCAGGAGACCAGGAGGUGAUGCCCGAUCCGAACGUAAUCGACGGCUGGUUUGAUGAGAUUAUGGAAUCACUGCUGCCAGAAACUUCUGCUCAAAAAUAUCCGCAUGACCGGGCAGCUCAAAUCAAACUGGACGCAGAGUCGAAAUGGGCGUUGGUCCGAGCAUACCGCUCGAAAUCCUCGCUUUUCGAUGAAAAGGCCGGAAAAGGGACGACACCAACUGGGCCCAGACAACAGCCGUCCUCUCCUUUAGAUUUUACCAUGUUUUUAAUGGCAUACGUUGGGGACGGUGAUACUGUAUAUACGGCCGAUGAAACUUUGCUGAAUAUGAUUAGAAAGUUGAGAAUCUGUGUGGCGUGUGAGCUGGUUGGCUGGACGGAAACCUUUUUACAAUAUGAUGGGCUUGUAUAUCUAACAAAUCUCAUGCGAAAUAUAUCAGACAAAGCAGAAAAGUCUCCUCACGAUUGGACUCUGCAUCUCGAGCUCACUCGCACACUUCGCACACUCUGUUGCACUCAACCCUUCCUUUCGUACCUAAUGAAUUCGGGCAGCAUUCUGUCACACCUCUGUCGGAUUCUUUUCGGUUGGUGGAAGCAGCAUCACCAUCAUUCGGAUCACUGGGACCGAUGCAUAGGAAGGAUCCCGCAGGUCAUAUCGCCAGAAGAAUCAGGAAAAUCCAAACCAAAGCCCCGUUACCAGGCUUGUUCAGAGAUACCCGAGCCCUCGAUACUAAAAGAUUCAUCAACACGACCUCCCAUGGCAAACCGGCGAGUGGGGCUGGAGGUUCUAUCUUUGGUGAUUGAGCAUGGCGGAUGGAAAUGUGUGGUUAUGGCUCUAGAUACCGUUGCCGGUGCUAGUUCAGUACUAGAAGGGGACAUUAUCGGCUGCCGCGAUUCCAAUGAGUUUCUUCCAACGCCUGUUACCUUCAUGCCUUGGAUCAGCGUCACCCAUCAAGUAACACUAAAUCGGCUGCGUCAUUGGGCAGGACUCACUGCGCGUGCCCAUUCUAUCUACCACACCUUGAAGCAUACGAUGGCAUCGUCAAAGCACUAUCGCUACAAAAAUGUACCGAAAACCGUGCCGGCAUUGGAGGAGGGGGACGGCGUCGAAGAUGCAGAUGUGGUGAGAUACCUGAAAGCUAGCAUUCGAUUCGCGGUGGUGCUUGUAAGCCCUGGAAACAGGCCGAAUUCUGAGAGUCCUGCACACAUCAGAAGGAUCUUGGAUGUGGCGGGGUGGAACAAAACGUUACAGAAACUCAAGCAAUCGCCGCAUUCAUCGAUUCUCGCCACAGUGGAGAGAUAUAUGAGAGAAAAUAUUGACGAUGCGUCUAGAACUGAGGUGCAGGCUGGAACAACGCAGAACCGCCUUAGCCGGCCUCAGAGCAUUACGUCACGUCAUCGUCCCGUGCUUCCCACGGCAAUUCGACCAGCUACCAGUCGUGUGCGCUCCCAGAGAUCGCAGCCAGGCCUAGCGUCCAGAAGAAAACACGAUGCAGCAACCAGGGUAGCAGCACAGGGAUCAAGUGGUGUCGUAGGAAUAAGAAGACCCGGAAGGAGACGCGUCGUGGUCGCAGGAAGGUCCCAUGGGCAUGGCGAGAUAAAUGAACACAGUCUCACUUCUGAUGAAAGUGAUCCUCGACACACUCUACCAAAUGUGGCCGCCGCCGCUGAAAAUCCAACGACAACACCAGAGCCUGAACCAGAGGACAAUAUCUCGCCUAGCACGACAGUAGCCGACGGUCCGAAUCAGGAACAAAGUGAAUCAUCAUCCUGGAAUAAUGUAUCUGAUGGAGAAGACACUUGCAGUGACGACACAAGUUCUAGCGAAGGAGAGUGGGACUUUGGUGCAGCAGAAGGUCCCGGGCACGAUGUGACACCGGCGGCGGAGGAACCAUCUGUUAAUGCGACUUGAUAUAUACAUACGCUCACUACGGCACAUAUAUUUAUUAAGUCUUAUCCAAGUUGGAAUGUAUUGUGUUUGUAAAUCUGUACAAGAAGGACAAAACUAC